ACUCUUUCUCUCUCUAUCUCCAUUAAAUCGAAGUGGUGAGCUUCAAUCCCCAAUUUCUGUUUCCCCUUUGUCGUCAGAUUGAAAUUGUGUGAAUACUAGGGUUUCCGUAGAAUUUUGCGUUUUGAUUUUUUGGGAAAUUUUUCAUUUUCUAUGAUGAGCUCGGCUUGUGAGUUCUUCCUCUUGGGUGUUUCUGCGCAUCAAUUUCUUUCUGAUUGAAUUUGAAUUUUUGGGUUUCUGUUGUCAAUUGUCAUCACGGCAUUUUGCGUUCUUUGAUCCGAAUCAAGAUUUUUAAAUUAUUGGAUUGGAUCCGGUUCUAUGUUUAUGGUUAUCUUCUGUAAUAAAUGGCCAUCUAUUGCAGGUGACUGAACAAAAAAAAAAAAUUUGAAGUGAAAGAUUUGGGAUUAGGGAUCGUGUGGAUUUUGGGGAAGAAAAAAAAAAUUAAAUUUUACUCAUUGAGUAGAGUUACACAGAAAUUUAGCGAAGAUGAUGUCGAGAUCGUAUACGAAUCUUUUGGAGUUAGCAUCUGGGAAUUUCCCAGUAAUGGGUAGAGAAAAGGAGCGAAAGCGUUUUCCGAGGGUGAUGACAGUCCCCGGAAAUAUUGUCGAGAUGGACGAUGAACAAGAUAAUAGUGUAACAUCCGAAAACCCGUCUUCAAUAGCCGGUGAUCGAAUGAUAAUUGUUGCAAACCUUCUGCCGUUGAAAGCGAAACGAAGGCCGGACAAUAAGGGUUGGGUUUUCAGUUGGAACGAGGAUUCUUUGCUUUUGUGGGUUAAGGUUGGUUUGCCGGAGGAUAUGGAGGUACUCUACGUCGGGUCAUUACCCGUCGAUGUUGAUCCAAUCGAACAAGAUGAUGUAGCCAAUCAUCUUUUGGAGAAAUUUAAAUGCGUUCCCGCCUUUUUGCCUCCUAAUCUCUUGGCGAAAUAUUACCAUGGCUUUUGCAAGAAACAGUUGUGGCCGCUCUUUCAUUACAUGCUGCCGUUUUCGGCCGACCACGGCGGUAGAUUCGACCGUUCCAUGUGGGAAGCGUACGUGUCUGCAAAUAAAAUGUUCUCGCAGAAAGUUAUCGAGGUGCUUAACCCCGAGGACGAUUUCGUCUGGAUUCAUGAUUAUCAUCUGAUGGUUCUGCCCACAUUCUUGAGGAGGCGUUUCGUACGUCUGAGGAUGGGGUUUUUUCUUCACAGUCCGUUUCCUUCGUCCGAGAUAUACCGAUCGCUCCCUGUCAGAGAAGAAAUCCUCAAAGCCCUACUCAACUCCGACCUCAUUGGUUUCCACACGUUCGAUUACGCUCGCCAUUUCCUCUCGUGUUGCAGUCGAAUGUUGGGCUUAGAGUAUCAGUCAAAAAGGGGAUACAUAGGGCUGGAGUAUUAUGGAAGAACAGUCGGGAUAAAGAUUAUGCCGGUUGGAAUACAUAUGGGCCAUAUCGAGUCGGUGAUUCGACAAACCGAUAAGGAGCUGAAAGUUGAGGAGCUAAAGCGACAGUUUGAAGGCAAGACAGUCUUGCUUGGGGUCGAUGACAUGGACGUAUUCAAAGGUAUAAACCUGAAGCUUUUAGCUAUGGAGCACAUGCUGAAACAGCACCGAAAUUGGCAAGGAAAGGCCGUGCUUGUGCAGAUUGCGAAUCCUGCAAGAGGGAAAGGAAUCGAUUUGGAGGAAAUACAGUCCGAAAUCGAAGAGAGCUGCAAGAGAAUUAAUAAAGAACUCGGCAAACCUGGAUACGAGCCUAUAGUCUAUAUCCACCGUCCGAUAUCAAUCAGCGAGAGAAUGGCGUACUACAGCAUCGCCGAAUGUGUCGUGGUGACAGCUGUCAGGGAUGGGAUGAACUUGACACCUUACGAAUAUAUUAUAUGCAGGCAAGGAGUAUCUGGUGCGGAAAGAGGUUCGGAAUUGUGCGGACCUAAAAAGAGCAUGCUGGUUGUGUCCGAAUUCAUCGGCUGCUCUCCUUCACUGAGUGGGGCCAUUCGAGUCAACCCAUGGAACGUUGAGUCGACUGCCGAGGCGAUGAACGAGUCUAUAUCAAUGGCCGAGUCGGAGAAGGAGCUUCGGCAUGAGAAGCACUACCGUUAUGUCAGCACGCACGAUGUGGCGUUUUGGUCGAGGAGUUUCUUACAGGAUAUGGAGAGGACUUGUGCCGACCAUUUUAGGAAGAGAUGCUGGGGUAUUGGCCUGGGCUUCGGGUUUCGGGUUGUGGCGUUGGAUCCUAAUUUUAGAAAGCUUUCGAUCGACGAAAUCGUGGGUGCUUACUGUAGGUCGAAGAGUAGGGCUAUACUGUUGGAUUAUGACGGCACUUUGAUGCCUCAGAAUUCGAUUAUUAAGACGCCGAGCGCACAGGUUAUGUCUCUGUUGAAUAGUCUGUGCGGGGAUCGGAAAAAUAUGGUUUUUAUGGUGAGUGGGAGAGGGAGGGAAAGCUUGAGCAAGUGGUUUCUUCCUUGCAAGAAGCUUGGCCUUGCUGCCGAACAUGGAUACUUUAUAAGGUCGCCGGGGCAAGACGAAUGGGAAACGUAUGGGCAGAGCUGCGAAUUCGGUUGGAUGCAAAUGGCGGAGCCUGUUAUGAAAUCAUAUACCGAAGCUACAGAUGGUUCUGGAAUCGAACGAAAGGAAAGUGCUUUGGUUUGGCAUUACAAUGAUGCGGACCCUGGUUUCGGUUUUUCUCAGGCUAAGGAAAUGUUGGACCAUUUAGAGAGUGUUUUAGCAAACGAACCCGUCGCUGUCAAGAGCGGCCAGUUCAUCGUAGAAGUCAAGCCUCAGGGCGUUAGCAAAGGUAUUGUAGCGGAGAAGGUUUUCACGUCGAUGACGGAGAGUGGGAAGCAGGCUGAUUUCGUGCUGUGCAUAGGCGAUGACAGAUCGGAUGAGGAUAUGUUUGAACUAAUUGGAACUGCAGUUUCGAGGCAUAUUCUUUCGUACAACACUGAAGUGUUUGGGUGUACCGUUGGCCAAAAACCUAGCAAAGCUAAGUAUUAUUUGGAUGACUCGUCUCAAGUUGUAGCCAUGCUCGAGUCUCUCGCUGAAGUUUCCGAUUCUCCGGUUACGUCCGAUGAGGAAAAUGAUAAUAGCUCGCCCCGAAAAUUCGGAAGUGUUUCUUCUUUCGUUUGAUUUUGAUGUUGUUAGGGUUUUAGGUGCUAGAUUUUAUGGAAAUGAUGUCUUCUUUUUUAUUAAUUUUUUUUUUUUUUCUGAAUUUCGUUAGUUUUUUUUUUAGUCUGUUUCUUCGUGGUUGGAGUUUGCAGAACUUAUUAGUUGAGAUUCUUUGGAGGGGGGGAGUGUGUUCUUUUCUGUAGGAGAAAAUGGAAUUUGGCAUGUUGUGCAGCAAAAACGAAGGGCGCCAUGAUAUACUUUCUGAAUCUGGACAAAGUUUGACGAAGAAUGAGGAGGCUGUAAUUGUUUAAAACGAGGUUUUGAGGUUUGUGGAUGAUGAAUCAGUUGACGAAGCAGAGUUAUUAAAAUGGGGCGAGAGUGAUUUCGUUAAAUCCUCGGUUGUUCUACUACCUGUACAGGUUUGCUUUGGUUCAUUGUUAUUCCGUUGUGGCUGCCCGAAUUGUAUUAAUGUGAAUAUGUGCUGGAUAUUUCAAUAAUUUUCUCGACUGAUGGUUUCGCCCCGUCGAUAGAUUCUUUUUAA